GAUAAACUAAAAUCUGAGGUCAAUGAAAUGGAAAAUAUCUAACUCGAAGGCGCCUGAAAAGAUCAAAUUCCAUAUCCAAAUACCUUCACUCGAAGAAAUGCAGCAAUUGAGAAGUUGUAAUAGACAACUCCAGAUUGACAUUGACUGCUUAACCAAAGAAAUUGAUCUUUUUCAAGCCCGAGGACCACAUUUUAAUCCCAGCGCUAUUCAUAACUUUUAUGACAAUAUUGGAUUUGUAGGUCCUGUUCCACCAAAACCCAAAGAUCAAAGGUCCACCAUCAAAACACCAAAGACUCAAGACACAGAAGAUGAUGAGGGGGCUCAGUGGAAUUGUACUGCCUGUACUUUUUUGAACCAUCCAGCCUUAAUCCGCUGUGAACAGUGUGAGAUGCCAAGGCAUUUCUGAGCAAAAGGCCCUAUAUCUCUAAAACCACAUCUGAAGUUCAAGAAACUAGUCUGUCAUCAGGGGAAAAGUUUCAACUGCUACAAUAGGAUUUUGUCAAAUUGAAGGUGUGACAGGAUGGGUUGUGCUAAUGGUAAAUGUCAGCCCACAGAGCUAAUAAUACCUCAGUCUAAUGUCAUGGGCAAUUGAAAUUCAUCACAUGAAAGGUAAUCUGCCUGAAAAGACUUGGUUGCCCGCUGCCUAACCAUGUACAGUGUUACCAGUAGCCGUUAUGGAUAAUUCUCAAUCUAUAUGCCUAGGUGUUUCCCAGUACCUUUUCCCCCUCAUGUCACUACUGAAUUUUGACAGGAGGAAGGAAUAGAACGAUGGCUUUUUUUUUUAAAGCUUUCGGUGAAACACUACAAACAUGAAGAAAAGGAACAAGGUUUAACUAUUUAAAAACUGUUUGCUGCCGCAUGGUGCCAAUGGAUGGGGGAAGAACUUCAUGAAUCUGUGGUACUCUUGGCCUUGUCUUUGUCUUCCCUGAAAACGUCUCCACUCUGUGAAGCCAGCAUCUGGGCUCUAAAGAUGAAAAGGAAAGCAGCAUGCAUUGUCUGUACAAACAUGCAGUGAAAUAUCCCAAAGCUUUUCCUACUGUACAGAUCUCUCGAGUCUGCUUUAAGUGAUUCUUUUCUUCUUUAUUAUUUUCUUAUAUUUCUAUAUGUAUAGUGUAAUAGUCUUUUGUUAACUAAUUUUCUUUUUUCCUUUUAGUGAUUAAGCACGAUCAUGUCCCUUUUUAAGCCUUACCUGAGAGAAGCAAUGCCUUAAAAUAAAAAAAAGCAUUAAUGAAAUGAAGCUGUGCACAAAAUAACCUUCCUCUACUCACUCUGUACUUUGCCCUCAUGAGUGCCGAUGUUCUGUGAAGACAUUCAGAUGCUGCCCAGUGAAUUGCAGGAAAUAUUCCAAGACUUACGUCGAUAAGUCACGCUAUCUGUACUGACUUCGGCAGUGGGUGGCACAACGGUGUUUGAUCUCCCACAGGGAAGCUUAAAACAAAAGGUGUUUUUAACCCACUGACAGAGCAACAAGGUUGAGCUUGCUCCAUCUGCCUGGUGUCCCACAGAACUCUCACGGGAGAUUACGAUCGGGAAAGUACAGUUUGCAAAACCAGCAACAGCGGCCGUACCUACAAGCCCUGGUGUGGGGAGAAGUUUAAAUGCUUUACUGUUGGGGCAGUCCGUUUCUAAACCUGACUUGGUGGCAGUAUCAUGCGUAUUUAUAAAACGAGGCUAGUCAUAUUUAGGACAACUGAAGGAAAGCUGGAAAAAAGAAAAACAAGCAAACUUGAACACUGAAGCAACCUCAAGCAUCUCUUUAUUUUGAUGAUCUAUUUUUAUAAGGAAAAUAAAUAUUCAGAUGAUCGGGAAUGUAUAUAACUAAAUGAAAUCAAGAAAAGAAAUAACAGUAUGCAUUUAAGAGCAGAAUUAUGAAAUUAUCUAUCAGUGCUUAGAACGGGGCUAAGGGAAGUGCUGAAAUGUAGCAAAAAGGUAGGAGAUAAUGUUGACUGUCACCCAUUGUAAAUGUCUGCAAAUGGAUAUUUUUUAAAUAGGCAGGAUUAUUACAGGUGAUCUGUAUGAAUGUCAGAGCCUCGACUUCCGGGCUUUGCAUCUUGUAUAUGGGAAGAAACAGGACAAUCCUAGUUAAUUAGCCCAUAGACCCAAAGCCCUUACAUUUGAUACGUUUUGUUUUAAAACUAGGCCUUGUUUUUCAGCUUCAUCUGCAGUUCUAUGUGAAGAUUGAUAAAUCAGUUUUUACUUGUUUUAUUAAUAAAACGUAAUUUGGAUAUCUUGAGUUGAUGGUUUUGUGAUUUAGCUGGGUAAACUAUCUUUGUAACAGAUAAGUUAUUUAUAAAAAUUAAAAACUUAUAUUCUAA